CGUCAGCAGUCACAACAAACAUGGCGGAUGCCAGUGCAUCUAUGACUCUGGCGACAAUUCCACUGAUAGGUUUCACAUUACUGGCAGGGUUUUACCUGACCACUUUAAAUGUACGAUGGACACUGGUCUCCGUUACUGUUACUGCCGUGUUGGUGACCCAGUUAUUGCUGAAGUUACGGAGAAGAGAUGCGUUGACGGAGCGGCGUGUAUGUGUGCUGGUUCUGGGGGAUAUCGGACGCAGCCCUCGCAUGCAGUACCAUGCCCUUUCGCUCAGCAAACACGGUUACAGCGUAACGUUUGUUGGAUUCCCUGGUACCAAGCCUCAUCAGGAUGUGAUUGGAGAUGAGAGGAUCACAAUCAUCCCAAUCACAGAAGUUAAAGGACUCCAAGUGGGUCCUAGGAUGGUGAGCUAUGUUACCAAGGUGAUUCUCCAGUCCCUGCAGCUUCUCCUGGUGUUAUUGAAGACUGACGUCCAGUCCCAUAUUCUCAUGCAGAAUCCUCCAGGACUGCCCAGUAUAGUGGUGACAUGGCUGGUGUGUGGUCUGAGAGGAACCAGGUUCAUCAUUGAUUGGCACAACUACGGCUACACCAUCAUGGCCCUCUCACACGGCCCGGACCACCCCAUCGUCAGGCUGGCACAGUGGUAUGAGCAGUUGUUUGGGCGAUUCUCCAGCCAUAACCUUUGUGUCACCAACGCUAUGAAGGAAGACCUUCAGAACAACUGGAACAUCGAGGCGACCACAUUGUAUGACAAGCCACCUGCUAUCUUCAAGGAGACUUCAGUAGACCUAAAGCACCAGCUGUUCAUGAGGCUGGCAAAGACUAUCCCUCAGUUCCAGGUCUGUGGUGAGCGCCCUGGUGGUGAGACAGAGAGAACAGCGUUUACAGGUCGUGACCCCAGUGACCUUUCUGUGACCUUGACCUCAGGUCGACCUGCCCUACUGAUCAGCAGCACCAGCUGGUCUGAGGAUGAGGACUUCUCCAUUCUGCUGAAGGCUCUGGAAGACUACGAGGGGUUUGUGAAAGCAGGAGCCUCUCUUCCCUCGCUGGUCUGUGUCAUCACAGGUAAGGGUCCUCAGAAGGACCACUACAGGAAGCUGAUAGACACCCUGAGCUUUGAGCAUGUGAAGAUCUGUACUCCAUGGCUGGAGGCAGAGGACUACCCUGUUCUGCUAGGCUCAGCAGAUCUGGGUGUUUGUCUCCAUAAGUCGUCUAGUGGUCUGGACCUGCCUAUGAAGGUGGUGGACAUGUUUGGCUGCUGUCUGCCUGUCUGUGCCAUCCACUUCUACUGUCUACAUGAGCUGGUGAAGCAUGAGGAGAACGGGUUGAUCUUCAAAGACUCUGAGGAACUAUCUGAACAGCUCAAGUCUCUGCUGUGGGACUUCCCUGGCUGUGAGGAUGAGGGCAAACUGGGUCAGUUCAGGAGGAACCUCCGGGCCAGUGGGGGGCAGCGGUGGGACCAGAACUGGGACCAGAAUGUCCUGCCUCUCCUCACCGCACCCUGACUCCCCUGUUAGACAGACCUCUUUACAGCAGCUGACUCACCCCCUCUACAUCUUCGCUCUGUCUCAAACCCCCUUCUUGAACCUCCAAUCUUGAACAUUUUCACAUUUUAGUCAUUUAACAGACGCUCUUAUCCAGAACGACUUACAGGGGCAAUUAGGGUUAAGUGCCUUGUUCAAGGGUACAUCCAUAGAUGUUUCACCUAGUCUGCUCGGGGAUUCAAACCAGCGACUUUUUGGUUACUGGCCCAACGCUCUGAACCGCUAGGCUACCUGCUCUGAACCGCUAGGCUACCUGCUCUGAACCGCUAGGCUGCCUGCUCUGAACCGCUAGGCUGCCUGCUCUGAAGCGCUAGGCUGCCUGCUCUGAACCGCUAGGCUACCUGCUCUUAACCGCUAGGCUGCCUGCUCUGAACUGCUGGGCUACCUGCUCUGAACCGCUAGGCUACCUGCUCUGAACCGCUAGGCUACCUGCUCUGAACCGCUAGGCUGCCUGCUCUGAACCGCUAGGCUGCCUGCUCUGAACCGCUAGGCUGCCUGCUCUGAACCGCUAGGCUACCUGCUCUGAACCGCUAGGCUACCUGCUCUGAACCGCUAGGCUACCUGCUCUGAACCGCUAGGCUACCUGCUCUGAACCGCUAGGCUACCUGCUACCAACUGCCACAUGGUCCACUUUGAGGACCUGUCGGAAAGAGCGACUGUUACAUCAGGCUAGUCUUUCCUCUGCUCUCUCCUCCUGUGGAUCUCUUCAUUCCAGGCCGUUUUGAUUCCCCUCUUAAACAACACUUGAAUGUAUAAAUGGGAUAUUUUCCACAAUGUAAAUAUUGAUGUAAAUAAAGACUUUAUUACACAGUAA